AUCAGGCUGUGGACGAGCUGAUGAUGAAGGACCGACUGGCCGAGCUGACUGCUAGCCGGACACCACCAGACGAGGAUGUUGCAGUCACGGUGGACAGAGAUGUCUUCAUGGAGAGCUUCUUCAGGAGGGUUGAAGAAGUUCGAGGACUCAUUGAUAAGAUCGCCUACCAAGUGGAGGAGGUGAGGAAGAUGCACAGCAUGAUCCUGUCUGCACCCCACCCUGAUGACAGAACAAAGGAUCAACUGGAUGCACUGACCAUUGAUAUCAGAGGGAACGCCAACGUGGUGCGAACAAAAUUAAAAACCAUGGAGCAGAGUUUACCCAAAGAUGAUGCAGCCAACAGAUCCUCUGUUGACUUCAGGAUCCAGAAAACACAGCACACAGUGCUGUCAAGGAAGUUUGUGGAGGUCAUGACCCAGUACAAUGAGACGCAAGUUUUCUUUCGGGAAAGAAGCAAAGGCAGGAUCCAGAGACAACUGGAGAUAACUGGAAGAUCGACCACUAUUGAGGAGCUGGAGUACAUGUUAGAAAGUGGGAAUCCAUCCAUCUUUACAUCUGAUAUAAUUUCUGAUUCCCAGAUCACACGGCAGGCCGUAAACGAGAUAGAGUCACGACACCAAGACAUCAUUCGUCUGGAGACGAGCAUCAGAGAGCUCCAUACCAUGUUCAUGGACAUGGCAAUGCUGGUAGAAACUCAGGGGGAAAUGGUUGACAACAUUGAGAAGAACGUCUCCAACGCAGCCGAAUACAUUCUCCGUGCAAAGGAAGAGACCAAAAAGGCAGUGAGAUACCAGAAAAAAUCCCGGAGGAAAUGCAUCAUCAUUGCCUUUGCUCUGUUGAUCCUGCUUGCUGUCAUUGCACUAAUUGUUGGCCUGUCUGUUGGACUAACCAAACCUCCUGUGUGAGUCCUCUAAACGUCUCUGCCUUGCCACAUGUGGG